UUGUUUUGUUCAAUUUUCAGAACUGGCUGCUUUCCAUUCAUAAAAUACCAUUGCACAAGAGGAUCCUGGCAGGAUUUUAGCUUCGAAAACCGUUUAUAUAAACUGAUUACUAUUAUUAAUUUUGGAAUACCUUGUUUGCUAUACGGAUUGGCGGCUCAAGCUCUUAUUCAACAUAUCGAAUAUAUUACUGACGAAAAUACGGGUCGAAAAGUAGAAAUCAAAUUCCUUCUGAAAGAAUAUCAUUAAUU